CGAAUUAGUUCCACUCUUGUCGCCGUCUCCAUCCAGUCUUCCCGGCGGAUCCGUAGCUCAGUCCACGACGCCACAUCCUCCUGCGACUGAACCAGCCGGGCUCUGCCGUCGCUGUCGCUUCAUACCGGCAAGCCCUGUCGGAGCGAGUGAGGUGCGCUGCAAAACAACAUAGUACAGCUAUGGACGAGUCGUUCGAGGCGCAUUCUGGCGCUGCCGCGGCCUUUGCUGCCUCGGCCGGCGGCGUGGCCCCGCCGCUGCUGUCCGGCCUGUUCCCUUCGGUCGAUACCAUCUCGCGUGCCACUUCGCCCGGUCUCCCGUGCGCCGAGCAUCAGAAUGAGGACGACAAGAAGCGGUACCGCCCGCGAACCUUCAGCUACUUCCGACUUCUCCCAUUCGAUGUCGAGGACGAGUCACACCGGGACGCCGCUCUCCGGGGCAUACUGAAGAAUCUGUACAUUGCCAUCAUGGCCGAGGAUUUUUCGCCAGGAGCCCUGCACUGGACACGCGAGCUCCAGGGCUGGUUGAAUCUCAAGUUUGAGAUGACCAGGGAUCUGCGCGCUAGGCUUGCGCGUCUCUACUAUGACCUUUCUCUGGCUCGAGGCCUGGAUAGCAAUACGGCCGACCGGUUUUCGAGGAUGGUCAUCACCCUGACAAGAAAGAGGCACUACUUGAAGCCUGGAGAAGACUUGACCCUAGAUUGGCGGCCGCUGUGGAAGGAGAUGAAGGCGCUGGUCCUGCCCUCGGAGGCCGGGGCGCAUCAGGGGAUGCGUCGACGGUCACAGAAGCACCUCAUGAAGCUCUGCCUGCACGUUAGCUCGUAUUUCGACCCCAAGGAGCGGCGGGCCAUCCUUGAUGAGCUGCUGCCUUACUUCAGCACUUCAGCAACGGCGAAUGCCUACAUCGUGGUUGGCGCGCUCAAUGUGCUGUUACCUACUGGCCCUACGCCUCCUACCGAGGCCCAGUCUCAGCCUUCGGACUUCGUUCCGACUUUCUUCCACCUGUGGUCCCUCAUGACGAGGUCGAAAGCAUUUGAUGUUUCCUUCAUCGACAUCUUCUCUCGCAUGGCUCGCGACUAUCUGGGAUGCGCGCAUACCCCAUUUACCGAGCAUGGCAUCUUCACCCGCGAGCAAUCUGACCUCAUUUUCACGGCAAUCUUGAGAUUGACCGAGAUUCCUGUCGGACAGGCCAACUCACCAUACACCUCGCUCGACUACACCGCUGGAUUAGGCGUCUAUCUGGAAAAGGAUAAGAAAAAGUAUCCAGUCCCCUAUAUGAUAGCGAGAUGGAUCGUCCACUCUCUGUCUCCACUUUGCCUCGGGCAAGAGAGUUCCAUCCUCUCCAGCCUGGAGGGAUUGAUGGAGUCGAUUGACACUUUCUUUCACCCCUCGAACCAAGGAUCUUGGACCACCUUCCUGGCCCAGCUGACCUUCUUCUUGACCGAUAUUUUUGUCUCUCGCUGGAACCGCGAGCAGAGUGGCGAGUUAGACGUGCCUCCGGAGAGACGUAUCAACGACGAACUGAAGAGACGGUUCGUGCUCGCGCUCAAAGAGGUGACCUUCAUGGGGCUCUUUGGCAAGAGCUCCAAGGUGGUUAACUACUACUACUCAACCCUUCAAGGUCUCGCUUUUCUUGAACCAGACUUGAUGCUUCCCGGCGCCUUGCAACGAUUCUACCCUAGCCUGCAAGGGCUUGUCGAGGUGCACCGGACGACGUCGAGUCUUUGCGGGCUGCAGAUGAUUGCCAAUAUCAUGGCAAAGCAUAAAGGGUAUCGCUGCCAUAUCACUGCGUUACUGGCGCUCGCGCUCCCUGGCAUUGAUGCGAAUGACUUGGGCAAGACACAAUACACGCUCAACUUUAUACAAAGUGUCGCUUACAGUAUUCCGUUUGUGCCGCUUGCCCACCAGGAUGACAAGAUCCACGACACAAGUCUCGCCAUGAACUGGGUGCAGGCCGAAGUGGAGAGAAUGGAACGCGAAGGACAGGACGUGAAGAUCAAUUACAAUGAAGAGCUUACGGAUGAGGACGAGGCCAAUAUUUUGCGUUCGUCGACCGCCGGCCUGGGUGAAUUCGUGCUGGCCCUGUUGGGCAAAGUCUUCGCCUUGCUGGAGAACCUCCCUGAUUCGAGCCACCUGCGCUCAGGUUCGCCUGAGGACAAUGUAAUCAAUACAUUGCCUGCCGCCCUCACGCCGCUCUUCGCAUCUCUUUCACCGGAACUCUUCGACAUGGUCUUGGAAAAGCUGGCAGCCUUCGUUACAAGCCAUGUUGUGCACCAGGCUCGGGAUGCAAUGGCAUGGAUAUGCAAUGCGCUGUGCAAAGUCAACCCGGAGAAGACUCUCAAAGUCUUUAUUCCAAUGCUCAUCGUCAACAUCCGCAACGAGAUAGACUACGGUGCCGCAUCCGACAGGAGCAGCGGCACAGAGGUUCUGCCCCGGGACCGCGCCCUGGUGUGGAAUGUCAGCAUGCUCAGCAUGUGCGUUGUGCACGUGGGCAACGAGGUUUUGAAGUACAAGAAGGAGCUCUUUGACAUUGCGCAAUACAUGCAAGAGAAGUGCCGAGGUCUCCCCACAAUCCACAUCUCGAACUACAUUCACCACCUGCUCCUCAACUUGACACACACGUACCCUAUUGAUAACGCCCUCUACGAGCCUGAUGUCGUAGCCCGUGGCUUGGACAUUCAUGACUGGGGCCGCACAACCGCUCCGUCAGAGCUGACCAUCAAGUGGCAUCGCCCUUCGCACGCCGAAAUCCUAUUCGCGGUUGAACUGUUUGAGAGCCAGGCCAACGACGCCGCUCAAAGAAUAGAGCAGCUCAUGAGCGAUGACCCUCCGGUCAGCAGGAAAGGGAAGAACAAAGAGUGGUCAGACGAGCUCUCCCGGAGCUUGACUGCGCUUCGGUUGAUCAUUUCCGGCAUUUCCACUCUCUUUGACCCGACUCGAGCUUCCGGGGAGAGGAGUGGCGAGAGUAUCAACGGCAGUGGUGUAACCGACACUGAGGGCGAUACAAUGAUGGAGGAAGAUGACGACCCUCUUGCUGAAGUGGCUGACGACGAGGAACUCAAACGCCAGAUCCACUACCCGGCCGGCUAUCCCUUGAACCCCAAGGAUCCGAUAUACGACCGCAUCCACGAUUUGCGCGAGGACAUUGGAAGGCUGCUCUCCAAGACCCACGCCUUCUUGAAUGCAAACCAGGAGGACGAUGUUGCAUGCUUCACCUCCCUUUAUGCAACAUAUAGGACUUGGAUUACGGACGUUGGCAUCGAACGAUCCGCCCAUCCACUGGAACGUCUUGUUCGGUUGUAUAGGGCCGAUAUCUCCCCUUUCAAGAUCAGCGGGCUCCGGAAAGUCUAUCCGCGACCCCUGCUCAUCAAGCGCGCCGAUGCUUACCAGCUCCAGCGUGUCAAAUACAACUCGGCGUACCGCAAGAAGAGCGAGCUCGACAAGCGCUUGCUGCUUGAUCUCGCUGAAUCCUGUACUUCCUUGUACGCAGACGUGCGUCGAGUCGCGCAGGGUGCCCAAGAUUCAUCCCUCAAAGCCCUCAUUGGUGGGCGACCUCUCGUGAUUCCUGUUAUUAUGGAAAGAUUUCGCAAGGCUCUCAACGAGAACGAUCAUGACCGCGUUAAAGGCGCCAUGUAUACGCUGCUUUUCACGACGCUGAUCAAGACGUUGAUGCGCGACUGGCGGUUCGCCCCGGACCUCAUGCGGCUCUACAUCCAGACGGCUGGGGUGGACAAGGAAUCGAUUCAGAGUCUCGGCUCCUCUGCGCUCUACCCUCUCCUUGAAUUCGGAAAACCCUUUGAGCGCAUGGUCAUAUUCGACAGCACUGUCCUCAAGACGAUCGAGCCCGCAGAUGACUGCUCUGCCAUCAUCAAGCGUCGGAACGACUUCAUCCUGGACCGGCGCACCAAGGUUGAGGAGAAGAAGGCCGCGCUAGGCUUGGAGCUUACAAACCUGGCAAAGGCAUCCCAUUGGAAGAUUGCAAACAGGUGUACCAUCUUUGCCGUAAACCUUUGCCUGCGAUUCGAGACGCUUGCGGACCCGGAGUUCAUCGCUCUGAUCGCCAAUGGGGUCAAUGACCCCCAUCCCGGUCUGCGAUCCAAUUAUCUCGCAGCGUUUUCCGCCAUUUUCACAGCGAUAGAUUUACGUGCAGUUUACGGCCAUGACUACAGGAAGUUCCUCCUUGAGGACGAGAUUGCCGAGAACAAGUUUGACGUGCCCGUCCCGUCGGAUGACCCCCUCCUCACCGAGAAGUAUCUAGCGCAAUUCGAGAAGUACGAUGGCAUCGACUACUUCGUCGACAGCGACUACCCUGGCUGGUUGGUGUGGGGAAAGAAGAUCACGGUUUCGAGCGCCAACCCGAAGCCCUUCCUGGCGUAUGACGAAGUCGAGGAGGCCGUGCGGGAGCAGAUUGGAAAAAUAAUCACAAAGGAUUGGUUCAAACAAUGCUUUGAAUAUCUCAAACAGGAGCCAAGGGACGCCUCGGCGGACCGCUUCCGCAUGCAGAACUUUGUGCUUCUCAUGAACGUAUUUGACCUGAUGCACUACGGGAAGACCGCGGCCACCUUUGACGAUAUUGUCGAUUUGGUCAAGGACGUGUAUGGCGACGGCAACGACAAGCACCAACACCGCGCCACGGCCGAGAUCGUUGGAGCGCUGCUCUCGGGCAGCGUGGAUGAUCCGAGGGACAUUCGCGACCGGGUCUGGAGCUUUGCUGCUCCCCUGAUGCUCAAGAUCAUUGCAGACGAUUUGACACCUGAUAACCUGCAGUAUUGGAUGACGUGCUUACACGUCGUGGUCGACUCCAAGGAUCCACGGCGGUGCAAAGAACUGACCGAGGCGCUGGCGUCCUUCCGGCUCGAUAUGAACUCGAAUGCAGCCUUCAAGGAGUCAUCCAAGGUCCAGCUCGUCGAGUUCAUCGUUAAUGAUGCCGGCUGGCAUUUCCGCCAUGAGAAGCCCAUCCUGGAGGACUGCCUCGCCCACAUCGACCACCCAUACAAAUCGGUCCGAGAGUCUAUCGGCCGCAUCAUCGCGACCAUCUACCGGACGCGGUACCACGAGUCCUUCAAGGACGUCUCAAGCCUCCUCGAACAGAACAGAGCCGAGUCAUCAAUUGGGCUCCGCCCGUACACGCCGUCUGAGGAGUUCUCGGCCACCAUCCAUGACGUCUUUUCCCGCCUCGAAAAGUGGCGCCACGAACGGGCCCCAGGCCAACAAACCCCGUCCAGCUACACGUCAGGCUCCAAAACGGUCCUCAUCUGGCUUGACAGCAUGCUGUCCUCUCAGGAAUGCAUCCAACUAGUGCCCUUCUUCCCCGACCCGUUCAUCGACCAACUGCUACACAUGAUGGACGUCAAGGAAGACCCGGAACUGAUGAAGCUGGCGUACCACGUCUACCGGCAUCUGCCUAACAUCCCCUUCCGGAGCGGCGAGGACGACGCCUUCAUCGCGGCACUCAUCCGCGUCGGUAAGACGGCCUCGUCGUGGCACCAGCGCCUGCGCGCCCUCGUCAACAUGCAAGUUGUCUACUUCCGCCGCCUGUUCCUGACGCAGCCCGCGCAGCGGCAGAUGCUGUUUGACGCGGUCGGCGACAUGCUCUCGGACACGCAGCUCGAAGUCCGCGACUGCGCGAGCGCCACCCUCGCCGGCAUGAUCCGCUGCUCCCCGGCCCGAGUACGCAAUCCCAUCAUCUACCAGCUCAAAGACCGCUUUGAGGCCCAGCUGCGAAUGAAUCCCAUGCCCAAGAAGAAGGUCCCUGGCACCGACACCCCGGUCGACAUGCAGAAGCAGAUCGUCCGCCGCCAUGCGGCCGUUCUGGGGCUCGGCGCCCUCGUCGAGGCGUUCCCCUACGCCACGCCCCCGCCGAGGUGGAUGCCCGAGGUCCUGGCUCUCCUGGCUACCCGUGCGGCUAGUGACCCCGGUGUGGUGGGCAAGGCGACUAAGGCCAUUUUGGCGGAGUUUAAGAAGACGAGGCAGGACAGUUGGAGUGUUGAUCAAAAGUACUUUACCAGCGAGCAGCUUGAGGAUUUGGAGGGCGUGCUUUGGAAGAGCUACUUUGCUUAGCCUCAUGUAGCCUUCGCGUCGACGUGGUUGUCCCGAUCCCUGCUCACCUGUCGGUGCGGGGACCGGAGAAAAGAAAGAUACGAUGGCAAAAAG